AUGGCACCUCCAUCGCUUCUAGCGCUCGACCGCGCAAGAGAGCUCCAAGCUCCUCCACCACGAGGCGCGCCAUACAGUGUACCGCUCCCUGGCACAGCUACUCAAGGGCGAAGCGCCGUGUACCGGAACUGGAGGUUCCAGGAUGAGCUGCUCCAGACGCUGGACCCGUCAAUCACCACUAUGCAUGACGCUUUUGAGCAGAGUGCCAAGCGUGUUCCCACCAACCGCUGUCUCGGCCACAGACCGUACGACCCGGUGACGAAGACCUUUGGCCAAUAUGUGUGGCAGGACUACCAGACAGUGCAGAGGCGGAGGGCCAACUUUGGUGUCGGGCUUGUGCAGCUACAUAAGGAGGCUGGCGUGACGGAGAAGACGUACGGUGUUGGGCUAUACUGCAACAACAGGCCGGAAUGGCAGAUUAUGGACCUGGCAUGCAUGUCUCAAGGUCUAUAUUCCGUCUCCAUCUACGACACCCUAGGCCCCGAAGCAACUGAGUACAUCAUCAAUCACGCCAACCUCGCCUGCGUGGCCACCUCACUCAAUCACAUCCCCUCCCUCCUGAAGCUCAAGCCGCGGCUACCUUCGCUCAAACUCAUCAUCUCCCUCGAUCCACUCAGUGAAGGCGAACAGUCCGGCUACUCCAAGGCUGAAAUCCUAAACGCCCUGGCCAGCGAUCUCGGUGUCAAGAUAUACUCCAUCGAAGACGUCGAGACCUUAGGAGGUAUGACACAUCAGCCAUACAAUCCUCCGCGGCCCGACGACAUCAUUACGAUCAACUACACCUCCGGCACGACCGGCAACCCCAAGGGCGUGGUUCUCACGCACGCCAACGCCGUUGCAGCCGCCAGCUCAUCUCUCAUAGUUGCGCGGCAGGCCACCGACGACGUCAUCUGCUCCUUCCUCCCCCUCGCGCACAUCUACCAGCGUGUCGGCGAGCACAGCGCGCUCUGGUCCGGCGCAGCGAUCGGCUACUUCCACGGCAACAUUGCGGAGCUCGUCGACGAUCUGAAGCUCGUGCGGCCAACCACCUUCUCCGGCGUGCCGCGCCUGUACAACCGCUUCGGCGGCGCGAUCAAGGCCGCCACAGUCAACCAGCCUGGCGUGAAAGGCGCGCUGUCCCGUCACGUCGUUAGUACGAAGCUGGCCGCGAUAAACGAUCCCGUCGCGCCGUCAAACACACAUGCCAUCUGGGAUCGCCUAUGGAGCAAAAAGGUCGUCGCGGCUUUCGGCCUCGAUCGCUGCAGAACCAUGGUCUCGGGCUCCGCACCUAUCGAUCCCUCCCUCCACCAGUUCCUGCGUGUCGUCUUCGCCAACCACUUCCUCCAGGGCUACGGCCUAACCGAGACAUACGCCGUCAGCCUCGCGCAGCUCGAAGGCGACUUUUCAGCCGGCAACUGCGGCGCCGUGGCCCAAACUACGGAGGUCUGCCUGCAGGACGUCCCCGACAUGGAAUACCUAUCAACCGACAAGCCGUUCCCGCGGGGCGAGCUGCUGAUCCGCAGCAGCACGCGCUUCAGGGAGUAUUUCAAGAACGAGGCGGAGACGACCAAGGCGAUCGAUGCGGACGGGUGGUUCCGCUCCGGCGAUAUCUGUACCGUGGAUGAGCUGGGUCGCUUCAGAAUCAUCGAUCGCGUUAAGAACGUGCUGAAGCUCGCGCAGGGAGAGUACAUCUCCCCCGAGCGCAUCGAGAACGUGUAUCUUGCGAAUUGUGGUCAGCUGGCGACCGCGUAUGUGCAUGGAGAUUCGCAUCAGAGCUUCCUGGUGGGCAUCUUUGGCGUCGCGCCGGACCAGUUCGCGCCGUGGGCGAGCAAGGUGUUGGGAAGGAGCGUGGAUAUGACGGAUUUGAAGGCGGUGACGGAGGCGGCGGAAGACCCGAAGGUAAGGAAGGCGCUGGUGAAAGAGCUCGAGAAGAUUGGGCGGAAGAACAAGUUUAAUUCCUACGAGAGGGUCAAGGCGGUCAGGCUGUUUGUGGAGCCGUUUACGAUUGAGAACGAGCUUUUGACACCGACGUAA